AUGGCCACCGCCGCUGUCCUUUCCCCGCACGACGUCCCGACGACGCUCAACUACUACGCUCCCACAGACGACUCGUCCGAACCCCCCUACUCAUACUUGCACACGCCGCCCGCGGGCAAGCCGCGCACGAACGUCGGGCAGGACCCGCGCCCCGUGGUCGUCCACGACGUGCGCGGGCGCGAGCACGAGCUCACGCUCGACACCGUCGGGUUCCAGUUCAUGACGGCCCCAAGCGCGGAGACCGCGUUCGACGACGAGGCGCGCAUCAAGACGGAGUACUACAGGGAGGUCGAGCAGCUGCUGAAGACGGUCACGGGCGCGAAGCGCGUCUUCAUCUUCGACCACACCAUCAGGCGUCCCGAAGAUGCCGGCGAGGGGACCCUGGAGAACCAGAUCCGUGGCCCGGCCGAACUCGUGCACGUCGACCAGACGUACGCCGCCUCCAUCGCGCGCGUGCGCUACCACCUCCCCGCCGACGCGGACCGCCUCCUGCAGGGCCGCGUGCGCCUGAUCAACGUCUGGCGGCCGAUCGCGCACCCCGUCGCGCACCACCCGCUCGCGGUGUCCGACUGGCGCACGCUCGAUGCGCACGCCGACCUCGUCCCCAUGCGCUUCAUCUACCCCGAGCGCGAGGGCGGCGCGUACAGCGUGCGCUACCACCCGCGCCACGAGUGGUACUACCUCGCGGACCAGACCCCCGAGGAGGUCACGCUCAUCAAGUGCUACGACUCCGAGGAGGGUGUGGCGAGGUUGACGCCGCAUACGGCGUUUCCGGAUAAGACGGCGCUGGAGGGCGCGCCGCACGUCGAUCGAGGUCCGCGCGCUGGUGUUUGAUACGGAGUAGGGAGGUGUGGGGGAUGUGGUGCUUGUGUGCUUUUUGGAUGGGUUUACCUUGUGUGUACUAAUACUGUCUCUUGGAUGGAGCAUCUCGAAUUAGAAUAUGGAACAU